AUGGCGCAGAAAUCUUUUGGGUGGCUCUCUGAAGCUGUAAAAUGGCCUUCUCUCAUACUUUUUGGUGUAUUCGACAUUGCUCUCACCAUCGCAAUUAUUAUUCUGGCCGUUAAAUCAUCCAAUGAGCAUGGGUUCGUCACAAUCCCCUCAUCCUUGAUCACUUCAAAUAGCUCGCUGGCUCUGCCUUGGCGAGACCCUGUCCACUUCAACGUCUCCCUGGAUAUUGGAGUUCUUUGGACUACACUGCCCAAUUUUGUCUUCGCCCUCUUUGCCGCCCACUGGGCCUGGAUAGCCUGCGCUAUAGCAGAACGUCAACCAUACGUUGAACUCCGCGCAAGUGGAGGCGCGGAAGCAAGGAAGUCGAUAUUGCUAGAUUAUCGCGUCACUCCAGUGGUUUUGCGCUGGUGGACAGCGUUUCGGAAAUCCCACACGACAAUUGGGGCAGUGACAUUGCUCUCUGUGCUAUUGACCUACGUUACAGCGCCUUUCGCUGCGCGUCUGUUCACGACUCAAGUCGUUUCAGUACCAAAGAAAGUACCAAUUGUAUACGACAAAGAGUUUAGGGAAGAAAACCUUGACGCGGAUGUUGACUGGCGACCGAUUUUGAAUGUUGUCGCAGCUACCUUGCUUUACCAAGGUAAAAGCAUUGCUUGGACAAACAACCAAUACGCGUUCCGUCCGUUCUCCAACCAUUCGAGCGUACCAGCAUCAGCAGGCAUUGAGGCGAAAUCCACCGCUUUUGCCUCCUAUGUUAAUUGCGAAGUUGUGAAGGAUUACAUCAUCAGAUUGAAUAAGAGCCCCAACUCGAGGGACGGUACUGUUGUAGUAUCCGGAGACGACAGGGGCUGCACUUUCACUCAAAAGUUCGGAGUCAGUAGCACGCAAAUAACAUAUCUGAAGAGCACUUCAGUCAUUGAUUGCUCUGUUCAAGCGUACUACAGUCGUUUAGUCUUCACAGCUGGGACAUAUUCUUCUUCAUCGUCCAACCUGCUCGACGAUAUCAGUGUCAUCUCCUGUGCAACAGAAUAUCGUCAAGUCGACGGCAACUUGAAGGUUUCCUCGCUGAAUACGUCCCCAACUGUCCAUUCCUUUGAUGAGACAGGUCAACCCGAUACCAGCCGACCAUCUCUCUGGAGAGUUUUCGAGCAAGGAAUUGUUGGCCCAGUGACCUUCAAUCCUAAAGCAACAUCCUCAACGUCAGAUAUGGCCAGUUUAAUCUUGUUAUAUGCCCAGAAAUUGCAACCUUCGAAACAAUUGACUCCAGAGGUAUUGAUUCAAUCGAUAUCGACUAUUUUUACAGCCAUCUACCUCAAUGGUGUCGGAUUCCAUGGCUUUAGUUCAAUUUCAAAGCCUGAAGCGAGCACGGGCGAAGCAUUUAUCCCCACAGUCCGCCUAUUCGUCGUUCAAUGGGUGGCAUAUGUCAUCAUUGUGUUUCUACUCAUUGCUUUUGGUUUUGUUUUCUGGGCAUCUUUCUAUGUCUAUAAAAGACCCAGCAUCUUGACCGAGGAACCUCAAGGUCUUUUAUCAGUCGCAGCGAUCCUGAGCGAGAGUGACCUUCUUCGUCUUGCUUCUAGCAUUCGCCAAGAGCCAGGUUUUGAUGGUGAUGUACGCCAGAAAGGUAAAAGUAACUCUGAAGUGAUGGACAGGAAGUGGACUGCGACUAAAGAUGAUAAAAAUGAUCAAUGGGUCCUGUCACCGAUUUAA